CCGGCGGCGGCGGCACAGGCGGCGGGGGCCGUGCUGAGAGCGGCCGGGCAGGGCAGCAGCGGGACGGGAGGAGCCCGGUGCGCGGAGAGGGGCGGGCGGUGGUCGCAGCAGGAGGGGGGCGUCCCGCUGUCCCCCCCUCCGUCGUUCCGUCCUCGCGGCAGCAUGAAAGCCGUGAGUCCCGGCCGGCCCCCCAGCAGCCGCAAGGCGCAGCCCGGGGGGGCGGGCGGCGGCGGCCCCCCGGCCCUGCGGUGCCUGGCCGAGCACAGCGGCUGCAAGGGGGGCGAGGAGCCGGCGGCGCUGUGCCUGCAGUGCGAUAUGAACGACUGCUACAGCCGCCUCAGGAAGCUGGUGCCCACCAUCCCGCCCAACAAGCGGGUCAGCAAAGUGGAGAUCCUGCAGCAUGUCAUCGACUACAUCCUCGACCUGCAGCUGGCUCUGGAGACGCACCCGGCGCUGCUCCGGCAGCAGCAGCAGCAGCACCCGGCCGGCUGCCCCGCGGCCACCCCCCGGACCCCGCUGACGGCCCUCAACACCGACCCGGUAAGAGGCUGGCUCUGUUAACAAGCCGGGGGACAGCAUCCUCUGCCGCUGACCGCCGCUCCCCAGGUGAGUGCCGGGUCGCCGGGAGCCCCCCCCCCAGCCCGGUGGUCGCGAAGGGGGGGGGUUGAGCGCGGCCGCAAGCAUUCGCAGCAGGCUCCGGGGGGUUAGCUUUAAUUACCGGGCGGUUAUUUUAUUCCUUUUAAUUACCGUUUUUCCAACACCCCCUCAUCUCCCCCCUCCCUUUUUCACCCCCCCCCCCCCCCCCACCUCCCUGCCCGGAGCGCUUCUGGCUGCGGCGUGCAGCUGCGCAUCCCUCCGCCUGGCCCAGCCUGGGAGCCGCGCUUGUUGUUUGACCUGGUUUGUUUUGGGUUGUUGAUCAAGCAUGUCUUGUGUUUUGUCGGUGGCGCCAGUCGGUCUGGAGCGGAGCGGUUCACACACCCCCUCUAUUCAUUCCUCUCCCACAGGUGUGCGGCGGCGCCGCGCAGAGGCACCGCGGGGGGCGGGCGGCGGGGAAGGGGGGGGCCCGGCGGAAAAAAAAGAAAAAGAGCGAGCCGACCCCCCCGUGCUCCGCCCGGCAGAGCCAGCCGCCCCCCGGAGCGGUUUUUUCCCCCCCCUAGCCCCCCACCCGCCGCCUCUUCUCUCCGCCCGGCAGCAGGAUGCGAGCGGCGGGGGCAGCGGGGUGCCGGACCCCCCAGCGGCAAAAGUUGCGCCCCUGCCCCGGGACAGAGGAGCGAGCUCCAGCCGAGCCCCUAGGAGCGUAACUGAGGGAGCCAGCAGCCGAUCCUUGAAGCUUUACUAAUCUACCAGAGCAUUUGUAGAUAUAUUUGACAUCUAUUGUUUCAAAUAGAUGGUUUUAUUGGGGCCCAGGGAACUUUCUUCUCCCUGCAGGAGUGUUACAUAUUGUAUAGAUAAAAACGCGUGGCAUUUCAUACUGUGUAUAUAUAGAGAUGUUCUAUGAGUGUGAGAAAAGUAUAUGCUUUAAUAGACUACUGUAAUUAUAAAAUAUUUUUAAUUAAAUAUUUUUUGUAAAUAUUAUAAAGGUGUGUAUGUUUUUUUUAAAUCUGUGGGAAUCUCUUUAGGCAACUGCAGCUCAAGUACGGAGCUGCUUAUAUGGAAAUACCUUGAAUGUGUAGGGCUUUUUUGUCCCCAAUUGUCCCCAAAUAUCCUUUAGACUCGGAACCUACAGCUAUACCUAGUGGUCCUGCAUGAUUGCAUGAGAUGUCUAAUUGCAAAUGAACUUGUUUGGAGUCCAUACAAACGUGUUUUUCCUCAAUCUAGACUAAAAAUGUUUGUAAGUGUAUAAUACAUUUUGAGACUACACUUUUGUCAUUUAGGCACAGGGGUUUUUAGUGCGUUCUAUAAAAGUAGCAGUAAGAUGUAGUGCUUUUUUUACUGAAAAUAGACACUCUAUCUACUUUUUGCAUUAUGGGGUGAUGCUUUAGAUCUUUAAUCAGCUUUUUAAAAAUCUGCUGUUGCAUCAGAUCAAGAAAUUUGUUCUGGAACUUCAUUUAGUACCAAAAGGUUUUACUGCAAACCUGCAUUCCUACGGUCUUAUUAAUUGCUUAAAAAGCGAAAACAGUUCUCUGCUUGCAACCAAAGGGCAAACCAUUAACAAAAACAGUUACUGUUUCCUUCGUCCAAAGAGUAUUAAUAGGGGACUGCGGAAAGGCAUAUGGGCAAAGUCAUUAUGAUCAGUGGUGUAAACUCAUCUUAAAAUGAACUUAAGUAGACCAAAAAUCAGAUAACUGCGUCAAGAUUAUUUUUCUAGUACAAGAUGACUUUCAUUUCACUGCAGCUAUGUUACAGUUAAAAUCCUGUUUAAUCUCUGUGAUGUGUAACUACUACAUGUGAACAUUAAACUAGAUUUACCUGUCUUUAA